AUGUCAGGAGAAGAAACUUCAGCCGAUCGAAAUGUGGAAAUAUGGAAAAUCAAGAAACUUAUCAAAAGCUUGGAAUUAGCUAGGGGAAAUGGAACAAGUAUGAUAUCUCUCAUCAUUCCUCCUAAGGAUCAAAUUUCAAGAGUUAGCAAAAUGUUAGCCGAUGAAUUUGGUACUGCUUCUAAUAUUAAAUCACGAGUUAAUAGAUUGUCUGUGCUUGGAGCUAUAACAUCUGUACAGCAUCGUUUAAAACUGUACACAAAAGUACCUCCUAAUGGCUUAGUAAUAUACUGUGGAACUAUAGUAACUGACGAAGGAAAGGAAAAGAAAGUCAACAUCGAUUUUGAACCUUUUAAACCAAUAAAUACCUCUCUGUACUUAUGCGAUAAUAAGUUCCACACAGAAGCCCUCACGGCACUGUUGGCUGAUGACAACAAAUUUGGUUUCAUUGUAAUGGAUGGUAAUGGUGCUCUUUUUGGUACACUUCAAGGAAACACACGAGAAGUACUGCACAAGUUUACUGUAGAUCUACCGAAGAAGCACGGUAGAGGUGGUCAGUCCGCUUUGCGUUUUGCCCGGUUGAGAAUGGAAAAAAGGCAUAAUUAUGUCAGAAAAGUCGCCGAAGUCGCUACACAAUUAUUUAUUACUAACGACAAGCCCAAUAUAGCUGGGUUGAUAUUGGCGGGUAGUGCUGAUUUCAAGACUGAGCUGAGCCAAUCCGAUAUGUUUGAUCCUAGACUGCAAGCUAAAGUAAUCAAAUUAGUAGAUGUUUCCUAUGGGGGUGAAAAUGGUUUUAACCAAGCAAUAGAAUUAGCCGCCGAAUCCCUACAAAAUGUUAAAUUCAUUCAAGAAAAGAAGCUUAUUGGUAGAUAUUUCGACGAAAUUAGUCAAGAUACUGGCAAAUACUGCUUUGGUGUUGAAGAUACGCUUCGAGGUCUUGAAUUAGGUGCUGUUGAAACACUAAUUUGUUGGGAAAAUCUUGAUAUCCAAAGAUACGUAUUAAAGAACCAUACGACUGGAUCAGAAAAUAUACUGCACCUUACACCCGAACAAGAAAAAGAUAAAUCUCAUUUCACGGACAAAGAGACUGGUGUAGAAUUGGAAUUAGUAGAAUGUCAGCCGCUUCUCGAGUGGCUUGCUAAUAAUUAUAAGAACUUUGGUGCUACUUUAGAAAUCAUUACCGAUAAAUCACAGGAAGGUUCGCAAUUCGUCAGAGGUUUUGGAGGAAUUGGAGGUUUGUUGCGAUACAAAGUAGACUUCCAGAGUCUGCAGCUAGAAGAUUUGGAAAAUGGAGAGGAAUUCGAUCUAGAUGAUUAUUAAUUUUUUAUAUGAACUAUUUAAAACUAAUGGCAUUUGUAGGAGUGGUGCCGUGAGAAAAUGUGCAGUAUCUCUAUUGCUCAUGAAAUGCAAACACAUGAUGACAAUAUUAUCAUUUGAACCCCUAUUGGUAUCAUGUAUUUUGCAAAAAUAAAAUGUUAAUAUUUUUAGACAUGCUCUUUUCUUAAAAUUUAUUACUUAUAUUUCAAAUGUUUCUUUUUUUUUGUAUAUUGCGGAAAAGAGAUGUUUCUAAACGUUUUGUUAAAUUAUUUUAGAAUUAUGUCGGACAAUUUUUACAUAUAUAUAUUUAUAAAAAAAUGAAUGUACGUGGUAUAUAUUUAAUCAGAUAUAUGUCUUAUAUCUUAAAUAUAAAAUGGAAUUGUGUAAAUAUAGUUUUUUACGUUUUAAUGAGUUGAAGAACCAGCAGUUCCUUUCACGUUUCUGCCAUCGGGCCGUAAUAGCUUUAAAAAGUUGUCCAUUCUUUGGCAUAUUUCUUUAAUUUAGCCAAAUUGUGAUCUUAAAUAUUUAUAAAAUUAUUUAUUAAGUGUAGGGCAGUUGAAGAAAUAUGGUUAGAGAAAUUGCUUCGGUUGCCAACUUUACGCUGUCGGGCCUACCAUGAUAUUAAAAAAUGUUGACUGUAAAUAAUUUUUAUAACCGUAGGUUUUACAUUCCCAUAAAAUACAGUAUGGCAACUACUUCUACGAAAGCUUUUUUUUAUAAAGUAAUUAAAAGUUUGUAUGGUUUGAACUCGUCUCUAUUACAUGUAAAUGUCGCAGAAAAUGUUAAAAUUUGCAUUAUCAUGUCAGAUUUAAUAGUUUAGUACCACAGUAUUCCCAGAUUUCGAGUUUAGAAAGCGUAAGCUACCAGGAUAUUUCUUUAUGUUAACCAUUUUAUUAAGUUCAGUUGAAUAACGUUUUUAUUUUAUAUAAUCACAAAUAUCCAUGAUCAAUUAUUUUUCAUUAAUCGAAUGAUGGUAAUUGUAAGAAUGCGGAUGAGAAUAAAAAAUUUUACAUAUUUA